AUGGGAAAGCAAUCGUCCACCCUUCCCUUUGGGCAAAAUGUCCAAUUGUCGGCCAUCUCUGGCCCGACAUAUGUGACUGCCCAGCUCCUUGUCCAGCAGAUCGCAUACAAGCUCUCCGACAAAGUCUUUUCCUACUCCCCGGAGACCUUCGACCUCGACUUGGCUCUGAAAGAGUGGGCCGCCAGCGCCGAGAAGAACAUCCACAACUAUGAGCCUUCCGUGCUCUCGCUCCAAUCCAGAACCGGAGCCGGUGCACUGGCUCUUGGAUACAUCUUCUCUCCCGACUUCGAUGUUACCAAGCGACACAUUCCUCAGACUCUUAUUGCUGCCUCCGGCAACCUGAACCAGCUCCGGGCUUCCCUGGAUCAGCUCUCUCUCCUUUACGGAGUCUCCAGCCCAUUCGUUGCCCAUAUUGCUGCCGCAGACUACUCCGCAGACGCUGGCCUCGUCGCGAACUACGAUGUUGCUCUUAGAUUGGCUGAAGAUUUGGGUCUUGGUCUUGUUGCCAGCUCUUCCACCUAUGAGGCCCAGCACAUGUCGCUUUUCUCCACACUUCUGGCUUCCCUGAUUCCUACUCUCCAUAUCUAUGAUGGUAUUCGCGUUUCUCGGGAGACUCUCCGUGUAGUUGAUGCUUUGGGCGAGACCGGAGUUGCGGACCUGUAUAACAAGCUCUCCGCCGAAGCCGGCAACCUGAAUAAGCGAUUAGACAAUGCCGGUAAGGUUGUCGAGCUCCUCAAGCUCUUCAACGAUGAGCUUGGAACCGUCUACGAGCCAUUUGAGUACCACGGUCACCAGGAGCCCGAUGUGGUUCUUGUAACUUUCGGGAGUGUUGAGUCCCAGACAGCCAAGCAGGUCUUGAGCAAGAUCGCUGCCGAGGGCGCCAAGGCUGGUGUUGUCAAUGUUCGAGUUUACCGACCUUUCAUUGAGGAAGCCUUCUUGAGUGUUAUCCCCAAGUCUGCCCGCACCAUUGCAGUUCUCGGACAGGUCCAGACCACCGCUGCUGCAACGGAUGAGGCUACUCAAUCCGCUCUUUACGCUGAUGUCUUGACUGCCGUUACCUUCUCUGGAAAGUUUGAUACGGAUCCCCUCGUUCUCGACGUCAAGUACACCCCCUCUCAGCCUAUUACUCCUCAGGGCAUUGUGGAUACUCUUCACAGGAUCUUCAACAAUGAUGGCGAGGCCAAUCUGCUGCCUCCUAUCAUCAGCGCUCAGCAGUACACCUUCUGGGAUGUUGACAACUCAGCCUCCAUCGACUCUCCCAGUGUCAUUGGCAACGUUCUUUCCAAGGACUCCAAGACCAAUGUCUUCGUACAUGAAGCAUAUGACAACCUUGCUCAAGGUGGUCUGGUCCGUGCUGAUAUCCGGGCUUCCAGCAAGGCUCUUGAAGCCCCUUACGAAGUGCGAGACGCCGACGUAGUCGUUGUUGGCAAUGAUGCCGUUCUCAAGGAGGUUGAUGUUGUCAGAGGACUUGCUCAGGAGGGUACCCUCAUCCUUAAGCUCAAUAACUUCAAGGAAGAUGAGAUUGAGAAGCGAAUCCCUGCCUCCGUCCGCAAAUCCCUCCAGGAGAAGGCAGCCAACCUUCUUGUGCUGGAUGCAUCCUACUCACCUGCCUUUGAGAAGGAUGAGGCCUCCAAGGUUUUGCUGGAACUUGCUUUCCUGCAAACCGCCCGACCUGAUCUCCCCGCUAGUGACAUCGGCAAGUUGAUCCUGUCAGAAGGCCACUCCACUACUCUUGACGAGGUCGUUGAUGCCAUCGGCCAGUGCUUGCGCAAGAUUGAGAUCCCCGCUGCUUGGGCUGAGGUGGAUGCCGAUUACGCCGAUCCCCAGCUGGCAGCUUCUAUCCAGCCUAACAGCUUCGUCUCUUUCCAGAAGGAAGAGCCCGAGGAGGCUUUUGAGCUCCGUGACUGGCAGGCUGCUGCCAAGGGCUUGGCCUUUAAGGAGGCAUUCAAUGCCGAGACCAAGCUGCGCCCUGACCUUCCUGUCCAGACUUCCACAAUUCGCGUCAAGGAGAACCGAAGGCUCACCCCCUCGGACUACAACCGAAACAUUUUCCACAUCGAGUUCGAUCUGGGUGAUUCUGGUCUUACCUACAAGAUUGGUGAGGCUCUGGGUAUCCAUGCCGAGAACGACGAGGAAGAGGUCAAUGCAUUCAUUGAGUUCUACGGCCUCAACCCCAACGAGCUUGUGCGAGUCACUUCUCGUGAGGACGCCUCUGCACUUGAAGUCCGCACGGUCUUCCAGGCUCUCAAGCAAAACGUUGAUAUCCUCGGAAAGCCCCCAAAGAGGUUCUAUGAAGCUCUAGCCGAGUUUGCUACCGAUCAGACUGAGAAGAAGAAGUUGGAGGCUCUUGGUGGCCAGGAGGGCGCUGAGGACUUUAAGCGCCGCAGCGAGGUUGACACCCUUACCUAUGUCGACAUUCUAGAGGAGUUCCGUUCUGCACACCCUAGCUUCAACGACCUCGCCAAGAUUGUUAGCCCUCUCAAGCGUCGCGAGUACUCGAUUGCCUCUGCUCAAGCUGUCACUCCCAACGCUGUUUCCCUCAUGAUUGUCGUUGUUGACUGGGUUGACACCAAGGGCCGCACUAGAUAUGGUCAUGCCAGUCACUACCUUAGUCGCCUCGCUCCUGGAACUGCUGUAACUGCCUCCGUCAAGCCCUCAGUCAUGAAGCUCCCUGUCAACGAUACCGCCCCUCUCAUCAUGGCUGGUCUUGGUACCGGUCUGGCGCCUUUCCGAGCCUUUGUCCAGUACCGUGCCAUGCAGAAGGCCCAGGGCAAGGAGAUCGGCUCCAUUCUGCUCUACCUUGGAUCUCGUCACCAGCGUGAAGAAUAUCUGUACGGCGAGGAAUGGGAGGCUUAUCUAGCUGCUGGUGUUGUCACUCUCAUCGGUUCUGCUUUCUCUCGUGAUCAGCCUCAGAAGAUCUACAUCCAGGACCGUAUGCGCCAGACCAUUGACGAUAUUGUCAAGGCUUAUAUCAAAGAAGAAGGAAGCUUUUACCUCUGUGGUCCCACCUGGCCUGUGCCUGAUGUGACCGAGGUCCUCCAGGAAGCCAUUUCUCUCGAAGCCAAGAUAAGCGGAGCCAAGAAGGUUGAUCCUAAGAAGGAGAUUGAGAAGCUCAAGGAACAGGGUCGUUAUGUCCUAGAAGUCUACUAA